GUGGAAUUUAAAAAAGAUUUGAAAUUGAUUCCAAGGCUAAAAUCUUUCCGUUAGACAAAACUCCAUAGCCCGCCGAUUUAAACUUAAAUCCUCCAAAACAUUUCUUACUCCUUUGCUCUCUUUCUUACCAAACAGUCAGCUAGACAAAUAGCACUCAUUCAGGUUCUUCCCAAGUAAUUUCAGAAGACAACUCUUUUUUUUGGUAAUUCAAGGACAACAAUGGGUAGGAAUCUAUAUCCAAUACUACAGGAAGAGUUGAAAAAUCUUGACAAAGAUGCUGAUAGUCGCAAAGCCGCAAUGAGAGCACUCAAAUCCUUUGUGAAAGAUUUGGAUUCUAAGGAGAUCCCUCUCUUCAUUGCUGAAGUUUCUCAGAAGAAAGAAGCAGGGUCUUUGUCUGGUGAAUGCACGAUCUCACUCUACGAAGUCCUCGCCCGUGUACACGGCACCAAAAUAGUCCCACUGAUAGACAACAUAAUGACAACCAUAAUCAAGACCUUGGUUUCGAGUGCAGGAUCUUUCCCUCUUCAACAGGCCUGCUCAAAGGUUGUUAUGGCUAUUGCAAGAUAUGGUAUCGACCCAAGCUUUCAUGAAGAAAAGAAGAGACUUAUAAUUCAUUCACUCUGCAAUCCUCUUUCAGAUUCUCUCCUGGGAUCUCAAGAGUGCCUCACUACAGGAGCUGCCCUUUGCUUAAAGGCUCUUGUGGAAAAUGACAGCUGGCGUUUUUCUUCGUAUGAAAUGGUUAACAAAGUUUGUCAGAAUGUUGCUGGGGCUUUGGUGGAGAAUUACAGUCAGACCAAUGCACAUAUGGGGCUUGUCACGGCUUUAGCAAAACGCAAUGCUGUUGCUGUUGAACCAUAUGCGAGGUUGUUGAUACAAUCUGGACUUAAGGUAGUAAAUGCUGGGAUAGAACAGGGGAAUUCUCAGAAGAGGUUGUCAGCUAUUCAAAUGGUUAACAUUUUGAUGAAGUGUUUAGACCCCUGGAGCAUAUGCUCAGAGCUUCAGUUGAUAAUUCAGGAGAUGGAGAAGUGUCAAUCUGAUCAGAUGGCAUUUGUGAAGGGGGCUGCUUUAGAAGCUUUGCAAACUGCAAGGAGAGUAGCUGCAGGAAAAGGGUUGAAUUUUGAGAAAGUGUCUGAUUUGGUCACUGGACCAAAUUUUAGAGUGGGAAACAAUGGCAGGAAGAAGUUUAUAUUGACUGCUAGAGAUCAAUCAAAUGCAUCACCUGGACCACAAAUCUUCAAUUCCUUUCCUGAAUAUGACUCGUUGAUUGACUCUCCUAUUUUAUCAACAGAGGAUAUUCAAUACUUGGAUAGUGAUAGUAGUGGUACUGAUAGGAUGCUUUGGAAUUACGACAAUGGAGGUGUUGAUGUGUCUCUCAAGGAUGGAUUUUUCUCUGGAAUUGCUGAAGCAAGUGGAAUCUCUAACAAGCAACCUAGUACAAAUAAGUUUGCUGAUAACAAAGAAAAUUAUGAUGAAUUUUUAGGAUUCUCACAAAGCAUUCCCAGAAAUAGAAUCUCUAGUGGCACUACUAGCAGUCCUUUAACGCCACACACCCCAAUCAAUGUUGACAACAGCAAUAUCUUUAGAACUCCGAAGAAGCUUGUUCACUCAUUUCAGGAACCAAUCAAAAUGAACUCAGUUUGUUCUGGAAAACAAGCUAGAAGGUCUAGAAAUCAUUCCUUGGAUGAUUUUGAAUGGAAUUCGGAUUCUAGAUGUGACCAUAACUGUAUUUCACCUGAUGAUUAUGAAUGUAGAGAUAAUGAGAACUUGCAUGUUGACGUUGAGCAAUUUCUAGGCAGCUCUGAAUCUGUUUCGUCAACAGAAGACAUUCCUACUGAUGCUGAUUUGCAAGUGUCUCUGGAAGUAGUUGCUGAAAACAAAACCGCUCAUUCAAAGGUGGCUCUAAAAUUAGUUUGUAGCCUAUCUUUUGCAGCACUGGCUAUCUUUACUCCACUCUUUUGGUUAAGUAAUCAAGAUGAGGUUGGAUAUCUUGUUCCAACUUAAUUUAGUUUUAGUUUACUUAUUUUAGGCAUAUGCAAUCUUUUAAUGGUGCAGACCAGGAUUACCAAUACUCUUCUAUAGAUGCUAUAUUAAAUGAAAACAGGAAAACCGUCUUUUGUUUGUAAGAAACUUUGUUUGUGAUAUUAUAUCUUGUUACUUUUAUAAUGUGAAAUGAGAUUGGACUA